CCCUUUGACAAAUGCCAGGACUUUGCAUUAUGCUUUAAACUAAAUAUAUGUAAUAAAUAAUUGUCUUGCUCCUGCCGAAAUGACAUAAAUCAUGUGUUGGUUCGUGUUGAUGUUUAUAUAAAAUCUAGAGCUAGGAUUUUCUCUAAUUUAUUUAUGCCCUCAUUUACAAUAGGAUUUUCUCUAAAACUCAUAAUUAUGAAUAGAUAGAUAUGCCAUUUGUUUGUGGUACCAGACCAAAUCUAUUUUCAAAACACUGCAUGGGCUGGGUUAAAGGGAGAUCAUGGUUGGACGCUUUGCUUUCGUCAUCAAAACCAAAAGAAUCUUGUGGACGGGCCUCGGUAAGUUUGGGUGGCCAAGUUUUGCAGGUGGGCAGUAGGUGUGGGUAUCAGAGCCGAUGAACCGGACUGAAUUGGGCCCAAUUAGGCUGAAUUGGAUUGUCAGUUGGGCCUGCCUCCUAUAUUUGGUAGGAUUUCGUAGGAAAAUGAUCUCAUAGGUGGAGCUUAGCGUCUGUGAUGACGCGUACAAUAAACUCGUCCGUUUAUAAGGAGGAAGAAGAAACAUAUCGUGGAAAGUAGGAAACAUCCGCGUAGUAAAUUAAAAUAAUCCUAUCUGGGUUUGGCUUAUGCCCCAAGCCAAGCCAACCCAGACCGACCACCCUCGCUCCCCUUCCCUAUAAAUCAAACACAGAACAGAGGCCAAGCCACCUUUGUUUAUGUGUUUGUUUCGCCACAAAAAUUCGAACAACUGAAGAUCAAAGAUAAUUCAAAGACAUCAAUCAAAUUAAGACAUGACAGGAGGAACCGAAGCUUUUCCGGAUUUGGGAAGGCACUGCCAGCACUCCGAUUGCCACCAGCUCGAUUUCCUCCCUUUCCAAUGCGACGGUUGCCAUAAGGUGUUUUGUGUUGAGCAUCGGUCUUUCAAGUCCCACGAGUGCCCCAAAUCUGAUCACAACAGCAGAAAGGUGUUGGUCUGCGAAAUCUGCUCCACCUCCAUAGAAACCACAGGCCGCGACGGAGAAAAAGACCAGAUGCUCUUGUUAGAGAAACACCACAAGUCUGGAAAUUGCGACCCAAGAAUGAAGAAGAAACCCACGUGCCCGGUUAGGCGGUGCAAGGAGAUCCUCACGUUUUCCAAUACCAGCACGUGCAAAACUUGCCAGGUUAAGGUGUGCCUCAAGCACCGGUUCCCCGCCGACCAUGUUUGCCGGAAGCAAACGACGCCUUCCUCAUCGUUGUUGGUGGGUAAUGGCGUGCACUGGAACGAAAAGUUCAUGGCUGCUUUUGCUUCAAGGAAAGGAAAAGAAUGCGGGAAGAGCGAGCGCGAUUCCAAGUCUUCAUCGACUACGCCUUCUGUUAGAGCAUAUUAAGAGAUAGCGUCAUGGGUCGUCUGUUACUUUUUCUUUUUAUGUAAAAUCACUGGGAGAAGGGAGGGGCUUCGAACUUGGAUUUGAAAAAUUCCAACAUGAGUUUUAUUAAACUCAAUUGGAAGGAGAGGGGAUUCGAACUUAGAGAUUUUACGAUCCAGUAAUCAUCAUAAAUUUUACUAAUUACAAUUCAUGGUUUGAUCUAAUUGAGAAUAUAAUAAGCAUUUUUGAUCCUAUUGAGAAUA